UUUGUAUUGAUUUUCAAAUUUAAGAUAUUUUGAAAUGGAAGCUGUUCAGUACAUUUUAUGGUAUAAUUUGUUGUAUUGUAUACCAUUCAAGAUCCAUCCAACAUAAGCGCUAUAGAUCUAUAAUGGCCGAAAUACUAAAAUUCACAACAUGGCCUAAACACCAAUAUGUUUUUCACAAAAUUACCAGCGAUGCACUUGUGUUUCAUAUUAAAGGAGAAGAAAAUGCUGCUAUCGGCUUAGCAAAGGAGCCUGGUAGCGACUGUGAAUUAUGGGUUUUAAUAGGAUAUCGCGAGCAAUGUUGGAUAAAGAAAAGCUAUGAAAAAUGUAGCCGUGUUUAUAUACCAGAUGUCCUAAACAGAAAUAAAUACAAUAAAUUUUGGAUUACUCUGCGUAAAAAGAGAAUACUUUUGGGUAAAAAUAACGAAUCGAUGCCAAUUCUCACAUUCCACAACCAGGAGCGUAAUUUGUUUUACGUGACUUUUACUGUGCUUGGUGAAAGACAAUAUCUAAAAUGGAAAUGUUAUUUGCCACCACUAAUAGAAAACCCACCUCUUAAAAGAAUAACGGGAGGUGAACCACAUUGGGUCAAAGUGGAUAAAAAUAUUCCUGAUAAUGCGUUCAUAGGUGGGUUUGAAAAUGAAAUUUUAUACAUAACAAGAGCCUAUCAUGAGGGAUCUCUGUUUCCUGGCAAGCUUGUGCCAAACCUGAGAUUGGGAUAUUUGUCCUUCAAUGGUGAUGUCUUUGAGAAAAAUGAUUUUGAGGUACUUUGUGGAUAUGAUUACACAUGGAUGAAAAUGGAUAAAAACAGGAUUCCAUUGGGAGCUAUACCAGGUGGAUAUUAUAAAGAUGGCCGUGAAAUUGUUUAUGUUGGACGUGGUUAUUGUGACACUCUUGUUAUCCCAGGAAAAAUACAUGCCUCACGAGAUGGUUGUUAUAUCGCCUAUGAGGGCAGUGAAGUACUUUGUCAGAUGUAUGAAAUACUCGUAACACCUAAUGUAAACAGGCAAAGUGUUAAUAAUUUCUAUUACACUGGAAUUGACCUUAGUAAUGAUAUUAUGUUUGAUCGGUAUGACAAUGAUGAGAGUGAUGAAGACUAUGAAGGCGCUGGAAGCAUGUAUACAUUUUAAGUCUAUGUUGUAUGAAUUUGUUGUGGUCAAAAUAUUAAUAUCCAUUUAAAACUUUAAAUUAUCUGGAAGGACAAAGAUCUUAUAUUUGAAUUAAAGAUUAAAUAGAAGGAAAGAUCUAAAAGCAUUAAUAUACAUAACAGGUUUCCCUUUAGAUCUUGGCUCAUGUUGCAUUAAAACUGCUUAACUGUGAUGUAAAGCAUUAAGUUACUAUUAAUUUAUUAUUGUAAGAAAAAAACAAAUUAAAUUAUUGAUUAUUUAUU